AUGGAUAACCAGACAUCCCCACCCAAGCCUAUAAAUACUCUAUCACCUUCUGCAUCUGCCGCGCGAGAGCCCAAACUUCAGCUCCCUUCCACCACCGACCCCCCAGGGCCGCAGAACCCCCCUAAGCCACUCGUAUGGCUGAUCUUCGGGGCCACAGGCCAUAUGGGCCGCUCUCUCGUCAAAACCGCCUUGUGCCGCAAUGACCUUGUCGCAGCUGUCGGACGCACCUUCGAGAACAGCCUGGAAUCGAUGAAGAAGUUGGAGGAAGAACACGAAAACUGCCUCGGUCUACUAUGUGAUAUCCGCGCCCGCGAAACGGUCAAACGAGUGAUCGACCGUACCAUCGAGCGGUUUGGCCGCAUCGACAUUGUCGCCAACUGCGCGGGGUACGGUGUUAUCGGCGCGUGCGAGGAUCAGGAUGAAUACGAGAUCCGGGACCAGUUUGAGACGAACUUCACAGGUACCUUGAAUAUGAUACAAUUGUCAUUGCCACACUUCCGUGAGCGACGUUCUGGCCGGUACCUGAUCUUCAGCUCGACGUCGGGCGCACUUGGCGUGCCGGGACUUGGACCAUACUGUGCCUCGAAAUACGCGGUGGAGGGGCUCAUGGAAAGUAUGCUCUACGAGGUGGACAGUUUCAACAUCAAAGGCACACUAGUGGAGCCGGGUCAUAUGCGCCGCGACGACGUGGGCGAUCUCGUCUCGGAUACCGCCACCAUGGCCAACAACGAGCACAAUCUUACGUCGCCGCUGCCGCUGUACGGCCAUUUCUUCGUCAAACAGCCCAGCGAACCAUACAAUACGCCGACUGCGCCGGCCGCCCAUGCCAGGCGAAUGCUGAUGUGGCUGGCUGAUAAACAGCCCGCCAGUGCUGUCAAGGCAGCUCAUUUGGUCUGGCAACUGGGCCAUUGCUCCUACCCCCCGCUUCGGCUCAUCCUGGGGACAUAUGCGGUUGAGAGUAUCCGCGACAGACUCAAGUGUAUCAUCGAAGAGAUCGAGGACUGGAAGUAUCUCAGCUUCCCGGUCGGUGAGCAGCCAGGACCUCCUACUGGGAAGGACAGGCUGUCAGGCGAGAACCGGGACAAACAUGACAUGGAUAUGGCUACAUGA